AUGAAGGCAGUGGCUGGGGGAUCUGGAAAUUCCUCUGCCUAUGCCAUGCGCAUGCAUGCAAUGGAAAGCAGCAGAUACUGUGCAUAUACGAAGAGGCAGGCACGGCGUCUUUAUGAGGAGCAUAGAAAAACAGUAGUUGCCCGUAUUGAUAUCAAGGAAGUACAGCAGCGGGUGAUUGGUAAGAUCACAGGAACGGAUGAUUCUGUUGAUGUGAUGCUGAGUAGCAUAAGAGAUAUGAGAAGUUACGAUGGCAUCAUGAAUACAGCUGAUGAUAGCAUGCAGAACAUUUCAGACUAUGAUGCCCUGGGAACAAUUGGUAAUGCAUGUGAUGAUCAGCAGCGAAUGAUAUAUCAUGAUGAAGUGAUUGAAGACGGAAGCAUGCUUGGCGGGAUGCAUAUGAAUGGCGAGCAUGAUAAUGUACAAAAAAAGAGGCGUAGGAAGAACAGAUUUGUAGAUGACGAAGCAGAUGUGUCUGGAGAGGACAGCGGAACAGAUGAGGAGUAUGAGAGUAGCAGAGACGAGGUGUCUGAAUUGGUUGCGUCUGAUGGUGAGGAAUCCAACGAAUUGCAUCGAAGUAUAUAUAAUGAAGAUGCAUUAAGAAGGAAUGAAAGAAUGCUGAAGGCACUGCAUGAUAGAUUUUUCGGCAGCCCAGUUGGCAGAAUGAAGAUUGUAUCUCAUGAUGCGCAUAAUACAUUGAAAGUCUGCGCCUCAAAAGCCGAGAGUCUGAAUGCCGAAGAAAGCGAAGAUGGAAGCCAAGAGAACAGCUACUUCGAAGAGCUAGACGAUGCUGAGAAUUCUCUUGUAUUUCCGAGUGAGGAUGUUGAGUAUUCCGAGGAUGCAUGCAGAAGACAGAUACACCAUGAGUAUGCCGAAGUUGAGUUUAUAGGAAAUGCUAAUAUAGUUGAGAAGAAGCUAGGCAACAGAAAUAAUGUAUGGGAGUUUAGUGAGAAGCAUGAGUAG